AUGGAGCCAAGGAGCAAUUUUGAAGAUUUGAUAACUUUCAUCAAGAGUUCUCAUAGAGAGCAUACAGCCUUGAUUGAUGAGAGAUUGGAGUCAGCCUUCACUAGAUUAAAUGAGAAGUUGGAUUCUAUUUCUUCUUUCACAAGAGACUUGGAUCUUAGAGUUGCCAACAUAGCCAGCUCUAUUAAGAGAGAAGAAGGUGUGCUACCAGGAAAAGUGGAAAUCAAUCCAAGGAGAGCAGCUGUAGCAGCUAUCACUCUUAGGAAUGGAAAAGGGUAUGAACCACCAGCAUACCCAGAUCAAGAGGAAGCAAAACCGCCAAUCAAGAAGAAACCAAUGGAGUAUGUUAUCAUUGGAGAUGGGACUGAACCACCUAAGGAAGUCCAUGUCAGAAUAGAACCAGGAACUCAGGAGGAAGUGGAGAAGCCACCUGAAGAACCAAGAGUGUAUGAGCCAAAGAUCCCAUACAGAAAUGUUCUUUCUCAACCCAAGAAGGAGAAGGAGCAAGCAAAGCUCAAGGAUCUUGUUAGCCAACUUUCAGUAAGCCUUUCAUUGAUGGUUCCACUCUUACUCAAUGUGAGUCUUGAAGAAGGAGCAAUGAUGAUUACAAAGGAGUGUAGUGCCAUACUUCAGAAUCGCAUGCCAGAGAAGCUGAACGACCCAGGGAGUUUUGUUUUGUCUUGCAAGAUCGGUUCUACACACUUCCAUAGAGCACUUUGUGAUUUGGGUUCUAGUGUGAACCUAAUGCCUUACUCAGUGGCCAAGCUAUUGGGCAUCACUGACUUCAAACCUACAAAGAUCUCUCUAGUCUUUGCAGACAGAUCUGUUCGCCGCCCUGUUGGUGUUAUUAUGGAUGUUCCAAUCAUGGUUGGAGAUUGCUACAUCCCUGCUGAUUUUGUAGUUCUUGAGCUGGAACACCAACCUAAAGACCCUCUUAUCUUGGGAAGGCCAUUCCUAGCUACUGCAGGAGCUAUAAUAGAUGUCAAGAAUGGAAAGAUUGACUUGCAUCUUGGAGAUAUAGUGAUGAAUUUCGAAGUAAACAAGUCUAUGGAGAAACCAACUGUAGAUGGUCAAGCUUUUUGGAUUGGAGAGCUCGCAGAGACAAGAGAAGAAGUGCUGGAUGAACUACUUCUUAUUGAUCCCUUGGAGCUAGCUUUGACAAAGGCUGAGAAUGAGUAUGGAUACAUGGAAAGAGAAGCUCAGUGCUUAGUCAAGUUCAUGGAUUCAAAGGAAGCUUAUAAAGAGCUGAUAGCUUAUAUGGACUUAGAGAGAGAAGAGGAAGAGCCAGAUAUUGACAAGAGUUGGGAAAUAUCACAAACCAAAGAAUCUCACCUGAGCUAUGCACACAUCGCAUCAUCCUGGAGGAUGAGUCUAGUUCUUCAAUUGAAACCAAAGGAGGCUAAACCCAACCUAAAGGAAGUUGUCAAGAAGGAGAUAAUGAAGCUGCUAAAGGCUGGAGUGAUUUAUCCAAUAUCAGAUAGUGCAUGGGUCAGCCCUGUACAUGUUGUGCCAAAGAAAGGAGGGAUCACAGUCAUCAAGAAUGAACAUGAUGAGCUCAUUCCAACAAGGACAAUCACUGGACACAUAAUAAUAUUUGCCAACCUUUUGAAGAAGCAUGGAGUUACUCACAAAGUUGCCUCUCCUUACCACCCCCAAACUAGUGGACAAGUUGAGAUCUCAAACAGAGAGCUCAAGAGCAUACUUCAGAAGACAACAGGCAAAACAAGAAAGGAUUGGAGUGCCAAACUUGAUGAUGCUCUAUGGGCAUAUCGCACUGCUUUCAAAACACCACUUGGUACCACCCCCUUUCAUCUUGUUUAUGGUAAAGCAUGUCAUUUACCAGUGGAGCUUGAGUACAAAGCAGCUUGGGCUAUUAAGGAGUUGAACUUCAACCUAAAGACAGCAGGAGAAAGGAGAUUGAUUCAGCUGAAUGAGCUUGAUGAGAUUAGGCAUCUGGCUUAUGAGAAUUCAAAGAUAUAUAAGGAGAGAACCAAAGCUUUCCAUGACCGCAAGAUCAUCCCAAAGAACUUUGCACCAAACGACCAAGUUCUACUAUUCAACUCAAGGUUGAAACUCUUUCCAGGAAAGCUUCGCUCAAGAUGGUCAGGACCAUUCAGGAUUAAAGAAGUUCGCCCCAAUGGAGCAGUGGUAUUAUGGGAUCCGAUGGGAGGAGACUUUACAGUCAAUGGACAAAGGUUAAAACCUUACCUAGCCUCCACCACCAUACCACAGAAGACCACACUAGCUCUUGGCGAUCCACCAGAUCCUUAA